AGGUUGGCUGCCAUUGUGUUAUAAUUAUAUGUUGUUAUAUGCGGUUGUGCUCCACAUACAGACAAACAAGUAUCUUGGUCCUAACGGCUGUUUCAAGAAGAGCUAUCCAGUUUGCCCCUAUCGUCGGUUCAUCAUUGUUAUUCAGAGCUCUGCUUACCACAUGCAAUGUCUCUACUUCUGGCCGCUCUGAUCUUCAACUCUUUGUUCAUUGCUUGCCUUACCGCUCCACAGGAACAUGUCUGGACAGACGAGGUCGUUUCUUAUUCUGGAUUUCAAUUGUGGUCGAUCACACCUCACAACAAAGAAGGGCGUGAAUUUCUAGAGAAAAUCCAACGCGAUUAUGAACUCGAUGUGUGGCAAGAAAGCAGAUCUGGAAACGGCACAGUGGAUGUAUUGAUACCUCCAGAUUUCCAGCCGGAAUUGAAAUUACGUUUGGCCGAUGUUGAAAUCCCGUACCUGGUAAAAAUAAACGACGUGCAAACGGUAAUCAACAACGGCAAUGCAAAAGUUUCAAUCAGCGACGAAAAAGUUAAAGCACAAGGCUACAAAAUGGACUGGACUAGUUAUCACCGUUUGAGUGAUAUAUACAGCUACCUGACUUAUCUGGCCAAUAGUUUUCCGCAAAUCGUCACAUUGAUUGACAUUGGCUGGUCAUACGAAGGUCGGCCACUUUACGUUGUCCGCAUCUCAUCAGCUUCAUCUCCGGACACUAAGCCAGCCAUUUGGAUCGACGGGGGGAUUCACGCAAGAGAAUGGAUUACACCAGCCGUUGCGACCUAUUUUAUCCAACAACUUGUAGAAGUUGCUGGUAACGCGGAGCUCUCGACUAACCUUGUUUGGUACAUUAUGCCCGUGAUGAAUCCUGACGGUUACGAGUUCACACACAAGAGAAAUCGUCUAUGGCGAAAAAGUCGUUCCAAGGCUGCGUUAUUUUGUCGAGGCGUUGAUCACAACCGGAACUUUGGUUACAAGUGGGGAGGAUUGGGCGCUAGCCGAAACCCUUGCGCUGAGACUUUUCGGGGAUCCGCUGCUUUUUCCGAGCGGGAAACAGCUGCCGUUUCAAAAUUCAUUCAGGGCAAAUCGACCAACAUUAAAGUUUCUAUUACCCUUCAUAGUUAUGGUCAGUAUAUAAUCCUUCCUUGGGCUUAUGAUGUCCUUUACCCAACAGAUUAUGAUGAACUGUUAGCAUUGGCAGAAAAUGCUGCGUCGAAAUUUGUACGUUUCAAGUAUUCUGUAGGCAACACAGCCCAAUUGCUUUACCCAUCUUCUGGUAGCUCGGCUGACUGGGCGAAAUCUAUUGGCAUCAAAUACACAUACGCCGUCGAAUUGGGCGAUACUGGAACCUAUGGAUUCGUUUUACCUCCUUCCCUAAUUCUGCCCAUAUGUGAAGAUUUUUUCCCAGCAUUGAAAGUCUUCGCCGAUAAGGCAGCCACAAUGACACAUUAGUGACUUCUAACUUGCGCUGCGGCCCAGCCGAAAAUUUUCCCGAUGUUAAGUAUAUUAAGUUUAAAUCUGAAUUAUUGAAACUAAAGACGGUGUCUCAACGUUCUAAUCGCAAUAAAUUUACGGCGAAUAGGACCGACGAAUCGCAAUACUUA